AUGAAUUGUGCUUUGUCUGGAGAAAUAGCUAGCGACCCGGUGAUCUCACCGAGAAGUGGCGCAAUCUUCGAGAGAUUGCUUGUAGAAAAAUAUGUGUCUUCGUCAGGAACUGACCCUAUUACAGAUGAACCCCUUCUGGUGGAUGAUUUGAUCCCUGUAAAUGUACAGAGUGCCAAGUAUGUUGCACCAAAACCUCCUGCAUUCAAUUCCAUUCCUUCGAUGCUUUCCACGUUCCAGAAUGAAUGGGAUUCGCUAGCGUUAGAAGUAUUCACUUUGAGGAAACAGCUCCAUAAAUCGAGAGAGGAGUUGAGUGCUGCUUUGUAUCACCAGGACGCUGCUGUACGAGUAGCAGCAAGGGCAAUAAAAGAGAGGGAUGAGGCUAAGCAGGCUCUUCAGGAGUUAUCCAUUGCCAUUGGAACACUGGGCUCAGGUCUGGCUACAAGCCCUGUUAUUGAUCUGAACGGGAAAGAGAAACACAGCGACGGCCAAGUUGAAAAUGCCAUGGCACCACCUGCUGAACUUAUCUCGAAAGCUAGGGAAUCUCUCUUCUUACUUCACAAGUCACAGAAGCCCUCACUUCCAGUUGCAAGCAACCAACAGAUAUCAAUCAAAUUCAACAGCAGCAUUUCCUCUCAUCCCUUCAAAAAGGUUUCGGCUUCAUACUACAAUAGUAAGUCGAGCACACUCGUAUUAGGAUCCUCGACCGGAGCUAUUGCUUUAAUAAGGCUCGAUGACAAUAAUUCACUUGUAAAAUAUUCAAAAUCUGCACACAAGGGUAUGGACGUAGGCUCCAUUUUAAUGAUCCAAUACGAGGAAGAGAUCCAGCCCAUUGUUUCGCACUUAAACGGAGCAAUUAUUAUCGGUGACAAUCUUACCAAGUUCCCUAGAACAGAUGGGGACAAAUUAGCCAUCUCAAGCUUGAUAAGACAUCCAUCGGUAGAAACCCUCUUCAUUAUAGUGUACGAAAAUGGAUCGUGGUCCUUGAAUGAUUCUUCGAAAUUGCAGACUUUGUAUAAGAACAGUAGUACAAUCGCGGGAUCGGUGACAAGCUCGGACAUCCAUGUUGAUGGUGCCUUGCUUGCUCUUGGAAACAACUUGGGAGAAAUACUCAUAUUUGACCUCGCCACAGGAUCAUCGAUAUCUUCCAUCAAACUGCAAUAUCAAAACAUAAGUCUGAUCAAGUUCGCCAUGAACGGAUAUUGGUUACUAGUUGCCUCUGCCUCCGAAAGUGAACUGAGUUCUCUUGAGGUGUUCGAUUUGAGAAAGGAGCCUGUUUCCAUACAUUCGAUUGAAUUUACCAAUAAAAUUGUGGACUUCUUUAUAGACCCAUCCUCCACGGUUAUAAUUACCUUGGAUUCAUCAGAUUCUUUGUCCUUGCAUAGAUAUACCAAGAAGGGCAAAGUAUGGCUGGACAGAGCGUUCUCUAUUGAAGUGGACACUGCGUUACACGGGCUACAAUUGGUGACCUCUGCAGAAACUGCAGGCUUCAAAGAAUCGGGGGAGGUCAAAUUCGUAGGAGUAGGACAAAAUAGUAGCGUUUUGGAAUACCAAUUGGAAUACUCAUCGUAG